AUGGAUGUAAGAAAUAUUCCACUAAUUCUUGCCUUUCUUUCCUCCCAACGUCCCAAAAGAUACUUGUGUGUGAACAGAAGAAGCAAAUUCUGAGUCUGAGGGAGCCCCAUCAGCUUGGGAAGGGACAGUAGGUUUAAGGGGUGAGGAUUACAGGAGGUGGUACAGCAUCACAUGAUGCCUUUUGUGGCUUCGGUUGGGCCACAAUGAGCAAAGAAGAUAGUUUGCACACACAUUCCUCUACCUCAACCCUGGAGAGAGAAAUACACACAGGCACUUAACUGUGGAGGAAGCUUCCAUCCCAGAAGUGGAUUUUUUGCCCACUCCUGGGGUUUCAGGAUCCUCCCUGUUGCUCUUUACCCACCCCCGCCCGGCGCACCAUGGUGACUUACCACAUCCGCGAAUACCGUCCCGGGGACUACGAGACAGUGCGUGAGUUGUUUGCCACGGGGAUGAGUGAGUACGUGCCCACCCUGUGCAUACACAUGCUGAAGCAGCCUUGGGUGAUUCUGGUCCUCACCUGCACCUUCAGCCUCUUGCUCACCAGCUCCAAAUCCUUGCUCCUGCCCAUCCUCGCUGUCACCCUGCUGUUAGCCGUGGGCCGGCAACUGCUGGGCUACUUCUGGUCUCUGUACAUCGACCACUGCCUGCAGGAGGACCUGCUGGACAUCCAGGCCACCUACCUGGGAGACAAAGGCUCUUGCUUUUGGGUAGCUGAGGCGGAUGAGUGCGUGGUGGCUACUGUCGGUGCCAGGCCCUCUGAAGAGCAGCACAGGGAGCUCAUGCUGAAACGCAUGUCUGUUCGGAAGGACUAUCGGGGUCUGGGCAUUGCCAAGGCUCUCUGCAAGACCGUGCUCGGCUUUGCCCAGCAGCAUGGCUACCGUUCCGUGGCGCUGAACACCCUCAUGGUCCAGCAUGAAGCCCGUGCGAUGUACGAGGGGGUCGGCUUCCACAAGUACAACCACUACGUCCUACCCACCGUCUAUGGCAGGCUGGCCAACUGCACUGUUUCCAAGUAUCGCUAUGACAUUCCCAGCGCAGACUGAGGAAACGGCUGAAGGAUUGUCUCUGGCAACUGGCAUCCCAUUGCUGCCUCCUGACCCCGGGGCACCAGGUGAUGCCGAUGAAGGGCAGGGGAAGCGGUUAGAUUUGACACUGCAAAAAGGUGUGUCUCCCCUUCUGGAGGUUUUCAAGUUGCUGCAGGAGGACUUUCCUGGCCUCCCAGAGUUCCGGCAACGUGGGAAGGAGCAUGCCCUGUUUCCUCACACCGUCUUCGCAAGAGAAAGGGAAUUACACAUUUUCCUUUGCAGAAAAAGAGUCGUUUUCCGUCAGCCCUCUUUCCCGUGGCCUAGGUGUCAGCAGUCCUAAAGUCACGCGCAAGCGGUCCUUUUUUAGAGAGCCAUUCGCGUGGCAACUGACUGCACCCGCGUGCCAGAAAAGACUGUUGGCUAUUCUCGUUAAGGGGGCUCUUUUCCCUCCUGUGCUUGACUUGGCAGAAACGGUGUCUUCCGCCCCAUCACGUUGACACAGCGUCGUCGUCUCGCUUUUUCCCAGGGUGCGCAGCACCUUGCGUUCUGUUGACUUGCACACAAGAGAAAUGCGGUCUCUCUUUCCUGGUCUGAGGCUCGUUUCUCACAGUGGGAACUCCUGCAGUGCAACCCCAUUACUACAGCGUUUGUCCUGACCCCCAAAUAAGUAUAGUGGGCAACUUGGAGGAGCUUCCCGAUGUGAUGGAUUUCAGCUCCUUGAAUUCCCAGCCCCCGCGCACCUAGGAGGUGACAGGCUGGGAAAGGCUGCCCUGGAGCCGUGUUUUGACCUGAGGAAUCGUGUUUCUUGUUUCCCCAGAUUAGGGGGCAGAAAUUGUUUCUCUUACGUCGAUCUGCUCUUCAAAGUAUGGGUGGAUGGUGUACGUGAAGGAGCAAGAAUGAAUUUCUACAGGAAAAUGCCCCCACAAGGUGUUUUUCUCCAUAUGAACAAGCCCCAAACCUUUAAUCCCUGUUUUGUAAGGGAGGUAUCUUAACCCCUUGGUCAUUUGAAUCAGCCAUUUCCUCAGCUCUCCCAUUCCACCCCCAACCCCCCCAAAAAAAUAAUUGAAGGUGGAGAAGCAAGAGAGGAGAUAAUUUAAAGCUUCACUGGCCGACCUCCGUUUCCCAAGAGAUCCUGUUUUGGAGUUUCUUGUGGAGUCUGCCAUCAACCAUCAGGAUGAACUUACUGAUGCUCUGUAAUCUGUCCAGCUAGGGAUGCUUAGCUUUAAGGACAAGAUUUAAAAAGGAAUUUAUUCUGAAAUUUGAAAAUAUAGGGGGGGGGGGGAGGCAACAAAAUCCUGGUAAAAUCAAUACAGCCUGUCUACCUAAAGUUACUUUUUACCAGCUUUUAGCUUUCAGUGCACGGCCAAGGUUCACUGGAGAGGAUGUUUGGAGAGAGAUCAUCUGGGCCUUCUGCCUGGGUGUUGGUAGGUGGGCCCUCCCUGCUGUUCAUCUUUCCCUCCCCCAUUGACAGUAUCAUCUGUUUUAUAGACUGUGGGAUGUAAGUGAAAGCCAGCUUCUUUGAACGGUCAGGCUGUUGAUUUCCACAAUCAAGAAAAGUGCUGCCUCUCUGAGGUUCAGACCUUGCCAGCAAAUUGGAAAUUAUCUAGUGGCUAACUUAAGCUUCAUUCAGGUGGAAUGAUAAAAAUGCAGCCUUGUUUUCCUCCAGUGGUGCCACUGAAUAAAUGGGAUUACGUCAGAGAGGACUUUUGGGGAAACAAAAGCUGAAUUUCAUUUGUUCAGGCCUUUCAGUAUUGGGUAAACCAACUGGAUGCUUUGGGGACACUGUUGCAUCAUGCCGGAAGGGAGUUAUCACACUCCAUUUUUAGGAAAAGUUAGAAAGCCCAGGACUGGGUUUGAGGGUUUUUUUAGUUAGGAAAAAAGUAGGGUGUAAGGACAGACACUUGGUUGUCCGUGAUGCAAAGAAAGUGGAAUUCAGGAGGUGAUUCCUGGAACUGCUUACUGUCUGGUGAAAUUAAGGUCUGAGAUUUAGGAUGACAAAAAAGUAUUUCUACAGUAUCUACUAAAAAUACGGAAUUUACUUGCACAAGAUGAGUUGGCUUGGAAAUGGGGCUGGACGAGAGAGGCCUUUGGGCUGAUCCAAAAGGACAUUUUGGUACCGGGAAGAUGGCAGUCAAGCCGUUGCUCCCUGCCCAAUUUCUGAGUAGGAAGGAACAUGUGUGAAGAUGAUGCCUGCUUUAGGAAAUUUUAAAAAAGCAACCUCAAACAGUUGAAGAAUUUUUGAUGGUUGGGCGAUGGGGUGCUGCUAUUUUGAAUGGAUUGGGCCCAUUUACCUUCGAAUCUUUGUGCCUGUCUUGCUGGGUGAGCAGUGACCCUGUUGUCCUGUUAGUUUGUGCAUUGGUGUCGUGCCGUGUGGGGAAAUAAAGUUGAUCAUUCUUUCCUGAAA